GAAUGACUGAGGAAGAGUGAGAUGAGGUAAGCUCAAUCCACAUGAGGAGGUGCGCCCGUUGAAGUCUAAUUGCAAGUGAGCAAGCCCGACUGCUGGACCUUGUCUCUCUCUUUCUUACCACUGCACCGCCCGUCUCAAAUAGCGCGAAACAGGGCACAUCAAUCACAACAAUGUACGUACUUGGUUUAGGGGACCAGGUACGUCUAGCGCGCAGUCGAGUGCCGUCAUCUGACGCUGUCGCCGUCGCCGUCGCCAUCGACGUCCUGUCGGCACAACGGCAUCAACAAUGAUCAUGGCCAUCCUCUCCCUAAUGCAUCCUAUGUACCUCGAUUCAAUAUCAUCGACAACCUCACCAAGUCUCUAGAAAACCUCGCAUGAGUUCUAUCAGCUCUCUCGAGCGGUGGCUCGCGCGCUUCUCGGGUCGCUUGCGUCGCUAUUUACCGCCCCUAAACUUCAUCACCAUUCACUAUGCCUACUUCAUCCUCGUCUGUCUCAUCACGUCCGUCAUCUUCUGGGGGUCGUCCGAUCCAGCGUUCUCGGUCAGCUACACCGAUAGCCUCUUCCUCGUUGUGUCUGCCAUGACCGAGGCAGGCCUCAAUACCGUCAACCUCAGCCAACUGACGACGUGGCAACAAACACUCCUGUUCAUCCUACUACUCUUGGGCAGCACGAUUUGGGUCUCCAUCUGGACAGUCUUGGCCCGUAAACAUGUCUUUGAGAAGCGCUUCGACGAGAUCGUCCGAGCCGAGCGUGCGCGUAAACUCAGUCGCCAGGGUAGUACCAUAUCGCUAGGUUUGCCGCGCUUGCCUCUCGAUUUGCCUCGGCUGCAAAUGGCCUUCUCCUUUGGCAAAACCCAGGCAGCCCCUCCUCAACCUCCUCCUCCUCCUUCAGGCCAGUCUUUCAACGCCACAAAAGCUGGCGACUCGGAGAAGGGCGAAUCUCGGGCAGACGACGAACCAGCGGAUGCUGCAGAGGCCUCACCCAAAGACCGCCGCCAGUCCACACUCCAGGAUGCACCUGAGGAUGCGCCUCAAGACACCCAGGAGGUGACGGACUCGCAGGCACCGGGCCACAUCACCUUUGACGAUACACCGCACCCCAAUGUCGCCGACAACCAAGCCACGUCAACGGGAGUCUCUCUUCCCGGCAACACUAAUGGAACGGCGCGCCCAUUGAGAAGGCCCUGCAAUGCCUCAGUAGACCCGACUAGUGUCGACGCAGACGCGCGAGACUUGUUGAAACACCGUUCAGCUAGUCGCCAUGGCCAAUUCCAUGAUCUAAGCAGCGAUGAACGCGAUCAUCUCGGCGGCUGCGAAUAUCGUGCUCUCAAGGUCCUAGCCAUGUUGGUACCAACCUAUUUCUUCCUGUGGCAGGUUCUGGCAUCCCUUGCCCUUGGAGCUUGGAUGAAUAACUACAUGCCCGAUACCGCGAGGGCUAACGGUAUCAAUCCGUGGUGGCUUGGUAUCUUCAACGCUGUUUCUGCCUUCAAUAACUCGGGCAUGUCGCUGUUGGACGCCAACAUGAUCCCUUUCCAACAGGCGCCGUACGUUCUCAUCACAAUGGGUCUUUCGAUCUUGGCAGGAAACACCGCGUACCCCCUCUUCCUUCGUCUCAUCAUCUGGUCCUCUCUCCGCCUCCUAAACUUGACCACGCGAGAAGACGCCUUCAUCGACCUCAAAGCUACCCUGGAGUUUAUCCUAAAAUACCCUCGUCGUGUCUACACCAAUCUCUUCCCUUCUCGGCCCUCUUGGUGGCUUUUAUUCAUGCUGAUUUCCCUCAACUCUGUGGACUGGGUAGCCUUUGAGGUUCUCAACAUUGGAAACUCUGUCAUUGAGAAAAUACCCACAGGUUAUCGGGUGCUCAAUGGUCUCUUUCAAGCACUAGCUGUGCGCUCCGGAGGCUUCUACGUUGUCCCGAUCUCGGGCCUGUUCAUCGGCCUACAGCUUCUCUAUGUUAUAAUGAUGUACAUCUCGGUAUACCCCGUUGUCAUCACCAUGCGCCAUUCCAACAUAUACGAGGAGCGAUCGCUCGGAAUAUACAGCGACGACAUAGACACCGCAUCCGAGACCGACCCUGAGGUGGCCGAUCCCCUGCUCCCUAUAGGUAGUCGACCUCCAACAUUGGCACGCACUACUAGCAUUGGCGCAGCUUCUGCUCGACCUUCUGUCUUAGCACGUCGACUUAGCCGUUCGGGUCCGGUCGUCGAAGCCCGCCGGGCAUUCAAGAGCACCUUCAUGACCUUUCACGGUGUUGGCGUUGUGCCACCAAAAGGACCGGGACUCGGCCAGGGCGGCGCCGAGCAGGGAGAGAGCCGCGUCAGUUUCAUCAGCCACCAGAUACGCGGACAGCUUGCCCAUGACCUUUGGUGGUUAGUACUAGCUGUUUUGAUAAUCACCAUCAUCGAGACGUCAAAAUUCAUCCAGGAUCCCGUGACGUUUUCGGUUUUUAACAUCAUAUUCGAGGUUGUCUCGGCAUACGGUACGGUGGGAAUAUCAGUCGGCAUACCAACUGACGCGUACAGCUUCUGCGGUGCCUGGCACGUCGGAAGCAAGCUUGUUCUAUGUCUGGUCAUGUUGCGUGGCAGGCAUCGAGGGCUACCAGUCGCGCUGGAUCAUGCAGUGCGACUUCCAGGACGGCAGCUCCAUCGGUACGAAGAGGAGGACCAUCAGAUACGGAGAAGUAGGACCAUCGAAUUGGAACGGUAGAAGUACAUGUAGAUUGCCCCGAGGUAUGGUUGUUAGACAUGUUAAAGAGAAU